AUGACCUUCAUCGUCAACAAAAAAUGUAGUGUCUGCCGCAAAGUCGUCAGCUUCAAUCUCGAAGAAUUGAGAUGUUGUCUUCGAAAAACCUGUCCCGACUGUGUUCUUGACAAAAUCCGGUGUCCAAAGUGCAUAGUUUUUCUUCAUGACCGUAAAAAGAAGAAAAGAAGGGGCUCCAUGAACCUAACCUUGACUAGACAGAACGCGUUUCGAGGAAAUAUUGGGGGAAAAUAUUUCAGCUCUUCGGUUGUUCUGCCUCAGACGCCUGACUGCAUAAUCAUCGAGGAUGAAUCAGAAGUCAUCCCUCCAGUGCCAAAACCAAGAAAAUCACUCCUCAAGAAAAACAGCCGCAACACUCCUCUUCAAUCAGCAAAAGUGAUCUUGAAUCUAGAUGUUGAAGAAGGCGGGAAAGCUGAUGGACUUGAAAAGACUCCCAAACCAGAUCAGAAAUGCGAGCGAUCAUGGAUCGACUUAGGCAUGGCCAGCCAGAGCUUUCUUUACGAGCAGUUCUUGUACCUUGUUUACGCUUUCAUCAACAGGAAGAAAUCUUCUUCUGGCGAGAGUUCUCAAAAGCUCGUUGUUCCUGCUCCAAAACCGGAAAAGCGAGUUUGCUCGCUUUCGUCUGAAAAGCAGUCCCCGAAGAAAGGAAAGAUUGAUAUCAACAAUAACGACGAUUGCAUAAUCCUCGCGGAUAAAGGGAAUGAAAAAGUCCCUCAAAUCCCAAAACCAAGAACAUCAAAGCUUAAGAAAAACAGCCGUAUUUCUUCUCCUCAGGAAUCAGCAAAAAUGACCUUGAAUCUGGACCAUGGAAAAGGAAAGAAAAAGACCGCCGAGCGAGCUCAGAAAUCUGAGCUUCAAAAAAGCAUGGACGGAGACAUCUUCCUUUACGAGCAACUCUUGGAACUGGUUCACGUCUUGAUCAGAUGCAAGGAGAGCUCUGAAAAUCUCGCCGUUCCCUCUUCAAAGCCGGAAGAGCAAGUUUCAUUAUGA